AUGACUUUGACAAACUUCACAACAGAUGCUCUUGAGGGGUUAUGUACUCAAGAGCAGUUAGAGCUUCUGAAUUCCAUCGAUACGCUCCAAUCGCAAGGCAUCAGCCACUACGUCUCGCUCCCACAAAUAAUCGUAUGCGGAGACCAGUCUUCCGGAAAAAGUUCCGUUCUCGAGGCGAUAUCCGGCGUGUCUUUUCCAGUGAAAAGCAGUUUGUGCACUAGAUUCCCAACCGAGUUGGUUCUUCGGAAGAACUCGCAAGUGGGAGUUCGUGUUUCCAUUGUCCCUCACCAAUCGCGUAGUGAGGCCGAGCAGCAUUCUCUCAGCAGCUUUUGCGAACAACUUGAUGGGUUCGAUGGCCUUGCAAACUUGAUAGAGAAUGCAAAGGCAGCGAUAGGUAUAUCCACCCACGGAAAAGCAUUUUCAAAUGACCUUCUGCGGGUUGAAGUUUCAGGCCCUGACCGGCCACAUCUCACGAUUGUCGACCUUCCGGGUUUGAUCCACUCGGAAACACGACAGCAAUCGGCAGCCGAUGUACAACUAGUUCAAGACGUCGUCCAAUCAUACAUGAGUGAGCCACGAAGUGUUAUCCUCGCCGUCGUCUCCGCCAAGAAUGAUUUUGCAAACCAGAUUGUCCUCCGUUUAGCGCGGGAAGCCGAUCCAUCCGGCAACCGGACAUUAGGCGUCAUCUCCAAGCCUGAUAUGCUAGUCCCGGGAUCUGAAAGUGAGGCUUCCUUUGUAUCGCUUGCUAAGAACCAAGAUGUAGAGUUCCGUCUUGGAUGGCAUGGAGACCUACCUCGAUCUCUCGUGGGUGUGGAUUCACUGCGACCCCGUCUGAGCAGCCUACUUCUUGGUCAGAUUGCUGGUGAACUUCCAAGCCUGAUCAACGAGAUAAAUACCAAGAUCAACACCUGCAGGUUGCAGCUUCAGAAGCUUAGAGACCCUCGUGCAACACUAGAUGAGCAAAGAUCGUAUCUUUUACAUAUCAGCCAAGCGUUCCAGUCACUAGUCAAGGCAGCCGUGGAUGGCACUUACAACGAGCCUUUCUUUGGAGAUGCAAAGACUGAUGAUGGGUACCAGAAGCGCAUCCGAGCAGUCAUUCAAAAUCUGAAUCAGAAAUUCACGGAUAAUAUCUCUCUCCGUGGCCAUUUCCGCCAUGUCCUUGAAAGUGAAGAGCCUAGAUCAAUCUCCAAACGUCAAGUGCUUCUCAAAAGAGAAGAAUACGUUCAGCAAAUCGGAACGCUCCUCAAAAAGACAAGAGGCCGAGAGCUACCUGGCACUUUCAAUCCUUUGAUUGUGAAAGAUCUUUUCCAAGAACAAUGCGGCCCAUGGGAAGAAAUAACACGCGUCCAUAUUAGUGCCUCAUGGAAAGCUGUAAGAGAAUUUCUUCACCGUGCAAUUUCCUAUAUGGCGGAUGAGGUUACGUCAAAAGCCUUGUUUGAAAAGGUCAUUUUGCCAGCUCUGGAAAAUGUACGAGAUACAUUGGAGAAGGGAAGCGAAGAGUUCCUUAGGCCGCAUCAACGAGGUCAUCCUAUCACCUACAACCACUACUUCACUGAAACACUCCAAAAAACUCGUGCUGAUCGUCAAAAAGAAAGCUUGCGUAAAGCUCUUCAGUCAUACUUCGGUGUUGAUACUCUUUCAACCUCCGAAAAUUAUGGGGAAAGCAUCAAUCUUCAAGGGCUUCUCAACUCUCUCGUUCAGACUACCAUUCCGGACAUGACGCGUUUUGCAUCCGAGGAAGCACUUGACUGUAUGCUUGCCUACUAUAAGGUUGCACUUAAGCGCUUUGUUGAUGACAUUGCUACUGAGGUGAUCGAAGUGAAGCUUCUGGGUGCAAUUACUACACUCUUUACACCCAUAACUGCAUUCGAUAUGCCUAAAGAAUUGAUCGCACAAAUCGCAGGUGAAUCUGAGGAGAGCCAAAGCCGACGGGAACAAUUGAAUAAAAAGUUGUGGAUCCUCGGGAAAGGUUCGGAUACUUGCAAGCGGUUCGUUGGCAUCAGGGGUCUUGAUUCGGAAGACGAAAUGCAAGCUAGCUUACAAAACAAUCGAGCUACAUCACCUUCUAGCUCUUGUAACUCGGUUGAUGGGAUUAAUUCUGAACCAGGCUACGGGCAGUCCAGAUCAUGCAGCCCGGAUAUAUUAGAGCAACCUUCCAAGGAUGCAUAUUCUUUGGAGCAUCCCACAGAACCGGAGCCGUUGGAAGCACCCCCUGCAAGGAAGGAUGGCAAAAAAAAGAAAAAGAAGCCCGCCCAUACGCCUCUAUCUCCUGCCGACUAUCCCGUUGAGCCCCCUCCGGAAUAA